AUGUCUCACCGCAAGUACGAAGCUCCCCGUCACGGUCACUUGGGUUUCCUCCCCCGUAAGCGCACCAGACAACACCGUGGUCGUGUCAAGGCCUAUCCUAAGGAUGAUGCCAAGAAGCCUGUUCACUUGACUGCCUUCAUGGGUUACAAGGCUGGUAUGACCCACAUUGUUCGUGAUUUGGAUCGUCCUGGUUCCAAGAUGAACAAGAAGGAGAUCGUUGAAGCUGUCACUAUCAUUGAGGCUCCUCCUAUGGUCAUUGUUGGUGUUGUUGGUUACAUUGAGACUCCCCGUGGUCUUCGUACCCUUACCACCGUUUGGGCUGAGCACUUGUCUGAUGAAGCCAAGCGUCGUUUCUACAAGAACUGGUAUGCCUCCAAGAAGAAGGCUUUCACCAAGUACGCCAAGAAGUAUGCUGAUGGUGCUAAGGACAUCACCCGUGAGCUUGAGCGUAUCAAGAAGUACUGCUCUGUCGUCCGUGUCAUUGCUCACACUCAAAUUGGCAAGGCCCGUCUCGGUCAAAAGAAGGCUCACAUUAUGGAAAUCCAACUCAACGGUGGCUCCAUUGCUGACAAGGUUGACUUUGCUCGUGAGCACUUUGAAAAGGAAUUCACUGUUGGUUCCGUCUUUGAGCAAGAUGAGAUGAUUGAUAUCAUCGGUACCACCAAGGGUCACGGUUACGAAGGUGUCACUCACCGUUGGGGUACCAAGAAGCUUCCCCGUAAGACUCACCGUGGUCUCCGUAAGGUUGCUUGUAUUGGUGCCUGGCAUCCUGCUCGUGUCAUGUACUCUGUUGCUCGCGCUGGUCAACGUGGUUACCAUCGUCGUACUGACCAAAACAAGAAGAUCUACCGCAUCGCUCACGGCGCUGAUGCCAAGUCUGGUUCCACUGAGUACGAUCUUACUGAGAAGCAAAUCACCCCCAUGGGUGGCUUCCCCCACUAUGGUGUUGUCAACGAAGACUUCGUCAUGAUCAAGGGUGGCUGCUCUGGUGCCAAGAAGAGAGUUCUUACUCUUCGCAAGUCUCUCCAAGUCCACACCAAGCGUUCCGCUCUCGAGAAGGUCACUCUCAAGUUCAUCGAUACUUCUUCCAAGUUCGGUCAUGGUCGCUUCCAAACUCCCGCCGAGAAGCACCAAUUCAUGGGUUCGCUCAAGAAGGACAAGAACUAA